AUGCCCUCCGAUAAAGUUGAAAAGAAGCGCAAGCGCGCCUCUGACCGUCACGAGCGGCCUAGUAAAAAGCCUGCUCUCGGGUUGCAUGACCUCCCUCCUCUUGCCGUCAGCGUCAUCAACGAUGAUAGCGAACUGGCCCCGGUGCUUAUCACCACCCCGGGUGUCAAUGCCCCUCGAGAACUGCGCCUGAAACCGUACAUCAAAACGCGCACCUAUUCGUCCAGCCACUCCUCCACUCAGAAUAGGGGCAUUGUCGCCGAUGAACUGUUGCUGCAGACCUCGGAGCAUCCCAAGAUGGACUUUGUGGGCCGAGAGGCCAACGAUGAUGCUGAUUCACAGGUGAAGCAUUAUGUGGCCGUGAUUGAUCCGCAAAAGCAGACUUGGCAGUUCAUUGAGGCACGAAAGAUGACUCUUCGAGGAGCCGUGAGGUCCUUGAAACGUGUGGCCGAGGAAUCCGAGGAGGAGGAAAGCGAAGAUGAGGGGAUGAAAACUAUCCGUGCCCAACGCACCGAGCUCACCAAUACUUUUGGUACCAAACAAUCACGCAAGGCGGCGCAGUCCAUGGCCGAAAACGCCCAGCUGUCUAAUGCCCCCGCGGGCGCUGCCUCCGCCGCCGAAUCCGCCAUACUCUCUGCCAUGCCUGUGGACUCCACUGCCGACAUCGCCGCUAAGGCGGCGGCCGUGCAGGCCCAGAUCCAAGCCGCGAAGCCUCUGCCUCCAGCGAACCUGGAUGCCUCCCAUCCGGCGGACGUGUACCCCAUUGAAGCUCUGGUGCCAAACGGCUUGGCCACCCUCCACCAGCUGCCUGGACUGAAGGAAUGGCAGGAGACCGUUCUCGCUGGACUGAGUGUGACCACCACGUCCCGCUACGUGUCUCGUCGUGUCGAUGCCGUCGUCAAUUCGGGCAAUGCACUCCACCUCCAGGUGCUACGCUUCAUUUUCCUGCUGCUGGAGUUUGCUCGCUCGCUCCGUCCCGGCCGGGACCCCAAGUCCUCCUCCGGACCGGGAAGCAAACGCCUCCCACCACGCGAGGACCUCCGUCGCAUCCUGGCCUCGUCCACGGGUGGCUCCAGCGACAAAAAGUCCACCGCCGACUCCACUGCGGCGGCAGCGGCAGCUGCGGACGCCAUCCCGGACUCGAUUAUCGAUGCUGUGCGCCGGAAAUUCGCACCGCAAGGCACUCACCUCUCCAAAAACGAUAUCACCUUCCUGCACACCACCAUCUGCGCCCUGUCGUUGCAUAUCCCGCCCCAACCGUCCCCAGAUGGGGGGUCCAGCUCGCAGGGCGGAAACUCGGCCAACGAGCUGGCCACCGACCCGGCGGAUCUCCGCGACGACCUCCGUGUCGAUAGCACUACUAUCCAGAGGUACUUCCGCGAACUGGGCUGUCGCAUCGACAAGCCUCGCGAAUCAGAGUUUACCAAAUGGAAUGUCGGGAGCAAGGCGGAGGCUGCGACGCGUCGUAUAGCGCGGUUGAAGAUCCCGGUGGAGUUUCCCAAGGUUACUCGUGGUGGUCGACGGUGA